UUGUAUUGGAAGACCGAAGACAACGGAAUUUUGAAUUUGGAAAUAUAAUUGGAAAUGGAAAUUGAAAAUUGAAGAUUGGGAUUUCAUUUUUGAAUAUUGGACUGGAAUUUAAAAAAAAACAAAUAAGGAAUGAUAACGUGGAAAGAUUGUUAUAAAUAUUAUUCGUGAGUGCAAUGCACUCUCGUUUAUUUUACGUUGUUCUCUUGUGUCUCUGUGCACAGAAUUACCCAUUUGAAUUUUACUAGCAAAAAAAAGAGGACCGUCUACAUUUUCUCGGUAAAUUCUAUUUUCACUUAGGUAUAACUAAAGGAGAGCUAAGGGAAGGAAAAUAAUGAUAAUUAUCAUUAUUAUUAAUUAUCGGAUUCGUAAGGACAGAGGCGCUCGCGAUUCUCGUCGAUUGUCAUCGUGAAGCGCGCAAUUGCGUCGUUCUUUUUGAGCUUUUCCAAUAUAUAUAUUAUAUACAGGACAGUAGCACGUCGCAAUGAAGAAGAGAUUCGCAGUGAUGGGCUCUCUUCCUCUUAUUCGUGAGACUUCUUCAUGCGCAAGCUCUCUCAUGAUCCCUUUGUGUUAUUUUCGGCGGAAUCACAGUUCGAAGCUUUAAAUAGGACCGAGUUUCCGACGAAGAAGGCAGUUCAUAAUAUCGUUUCUUCAUGCUGGAACAUCGUACAAUAUUCGAAAAACUGGAUUCUUUAAAAAGCGAAAUUAAACACUAUCUUUUUCCGAAAAUGCCGUCCGAGUGCAUCGCUAAUCCGUUGCAACGGGAGUUGGCCGACUCGAUAAUACGAAUGCAACCACUUGAUGAAAUAAGGAUUCUCCUUGCUUGCGGUGCAAAGCCAAAUGAUAUUGUCACACAGGGCUUGAGGCCCCUUCAUUAUGCCGUGUGGCAAAGAUAUGAGGACGCUGCGCAAUUAUUGUUGGUGAGGGGUGCCGAUAUUGAUGCCACCGAUGAAUGCGGAUAUUCCGCAUUGCAUCUCGCCGCUGAACACGGAUAUCUUGAUCUUGUCAAGCUAUUACUUAAGUACGGUGCCAAGGUCGAUCAUCGUCAGGACACCGACGAAUUGUUUCCUAGAACGACAUUGUGUGAUGAGCCAUUGCGUUUGGCUUUGAGAAAUCGUCACAUUCAAGUUGCGAAAACACUUUUGGAAGCUGGAGCGAAUCCGAAUAAGAAAUAUUUUUUCGGCUCUGAAAUUAAUUUGGUCUCACCAUUGGAUUUGGAGUGUAUGGAUUUACUUUUGGCUUUUGGUGCUCAUCCAAAUACGAGAGAUCGAGCUGGACUCACUCCUCUCAUGAAGGCCGCCAGGUUGCCCCAGGGCAUCGCUUCGGUUCUUAUAUUAUUGCAUUAUGGAGCAGAUGUGAACGCAAUGGCGGACGUUAGAAAUGAUUUUCGAACUGUUUUACAUUAUGCGAUACUCGGUGGUGAUCCAGCGGUAAUUAAUCUUCUUUUAAAACAAGGCGCCACUCUUGAUCUCGGUAUUGAUUAUCAAAAACCAACGGCCUUGGAUUUGGCGAUACUCAAGGGAGACUUGGCCAUUGUUGAAAUGCUCCUUAAAGCAGGAGCAAAUGUAAAUGCAACAUCGCCAAUAAUUGGAUCGCCAUUACACGUGGCUUGCGCUGAUAAUAUACCAAAUAGAUUAGAAAUACUCUCCAUGUUAUUGGAGCGAGGAGCAGAUCCAAAUUUAGUGAUAAGAAGCGAUGAGGGAUUAUCAUUGAGGCCUGUACUCGCUGAAUAUGUUGCGUCAAAUGAAAAUCCUUCAGUUGAAGUUGUGGCAUUAUUAUUAAAAUAUGGAGCGAGAGUUGUAAUUAAAACGCAAUUUCGUGAUCCACAUGGAAUUUUGAAUUCCCUUCAGAAUACAGCCGAUAAGCCGAGAAUAUUGCAAGCACUUUUAGAGGCUGCUGAAAGUUUUGAUCCUUGCAUGAUACGAAGAUCGAGUAGUUUAACGGAUGCGCAAAAAGCACUUGUUAUGGAGGCAGCGCGAACACCAUUGCCAUUAACGCAUCAAGCGAGAUUAAUUGUUCGUAAACUUUGUGGUACAAAAUUACCGAAAAUUGUCCGUGGACUUCAAGUGCCACAGUCACUUCAUCGUUAUCUUCUUUAUGAUUUUUACUAGUACAAGUGAAUUUUUAUUCAAUUGUACUGAAUACCGAUUGUGAUACCUUUUCAAAUUUCCUUGUCAUGUGGUACUAUUGAACGAGCAACAAAAAGAAGAGUGAACAAUAAUAAAGCAGCAAAUGAGGAUAACUUUAAUUUUAAUUCAGUGACUUUUUCUCACAAAAGUGCAAAUAAUAAUUUAAAAUUUGCAUUUGUUUUUUAAUUUAAAAAACGAUUUUAGUAGACUCAAC